GUUAACCCGGUCACAGUGGAGCCAAGUUGUGGAAGGCUUUCUCGGUUGCCAUGGAUAUCUAAAAGCUAUUGACUGCGUUCGCGGCUCUUUGACGGAACGAAUUUGUAAGAGGAAACCCACCACUGUGAAGGAAAACGUUCAUCGAGCGAAACUGUCAGUUUACAUACAGGCUCGCGCUGCGCUCUUCGCACUUCACGUACGAAAUCGCUAACUGCAGCAUCACGAACUACUCCAAAAGAGUUUGUCCAGCAGAGCGUGCUCCGACUCCAUUGUUUACAGAGCUGAACUGACGGUGGCUCUGCAGACAGGGCGGAGUUCAGCGGUGUCAUCACGGUGCUGAGACCACAGCCUGUGUUGGAGUGAGAUGCACUGACUCCUGGCAAACUGCAGUAUUCUUGUCAUCCUCCGCUCAACUCCUAGCCAUGUGGUUGUUCUGGAAAAUGGGUGUGACCCUCAUUUUGGGCACCUGCCUUAAUAUUAGUUGCACGUAUCAAACGAAUGCCCUAGAAAUUCCACUGGAUGUUUUAGCACGCAUGAACAUGGAGCAGCUGCCCACAAUUACAGAGCACUCUCCUGCCUCCCUGAUCGCCUUCCCUUUCGAAGAGAGCUUCCCCAUGAAGUGUGAAGCCACAGGAAACCCUGUACCAGAAUUCAGGUGGACAAAGAACGGGCAAGACUUUGAUCCCUAUCAGGAUCCCAGAUUGAUAACAUUAGAUGAGUCCGGAACGUUCGUCAUUCCAAAAAACGGAAAUCUCACCGAAUUCCAGGGAAAUUACCGCUGCUUUGCUACCAACAAGUUAGGAACAGCCAUGUCAGAGGAGAUAGAAUUUAUUGUCCCCAAUGUUCCAAAGUUCCCUAAAGAGAUCAUUGAUCCAAUUGAGGUUAUGGAAGGUCAGUCAGUAAUUUUGGAAUGCAAUCCACCGAAAGGAAUCCCCCCACUGCAAAUCUACUGGAUGACAAUAGGUCUACAGCACAUCGAGCAGGAUGAGAGAGUAUCCGUGGGUCUGAACGGGAAUCUGUACUUUUCCAACGCCAUUGAGACUGACAGUCGCAGAGACUACUGCUGCUUUGCUGCCUUUCCACGUAUACGAACCAUCGUCCAGAAAACUGCCAUGUCUGUCAUUGUCAAAAGCAACAAGUUAAUGAAGGACUCAGGCUCUGGUAGCGGCACAGGUUAUGCAAACUCUCUCUUGGAGAGGAAGCCUGUUCUAUUGGCUCCCAAAGGAACAGAGUCGCACACAUAUUUGGUGAAAGGAGAAGAUCUUCAGUUGGAAUGUAUUGCAGAGGGCUUUCCAACACCAAAGGUGGAGUGGUUUAAAAUGGGCCAUAAUCUUCCAGAAAGGAAUAUAGUCGAAAGUCAUGGGAAGUUGCUCACAAUAGAGAUGGUAAAUGAAGAGGAUGAGGGGAAAUAUAUGUGCAAAGCCAAUAAUCCCUAUGGAGAAGUGGUGCAUUACUUUCAUGUUACAGUAGAGGAACCUCCUGAAUGGGAAAUAGAACCUCAGAGUCAGUUGGGUACGAUUGGAGCUGAUGUGGUGAUCAGGUGUGUUGUGAAGGGAAAUCCUCAACCUACUGUGACAUGGAGAGUCAACGGCCAACCCCUAAAUGAGGUACCAACAUCCAACAGGAAAGUCUUGAAAGAUGGCACCAUUUUCAUCCACAAUGCAAACCCUGAUAACAGCGCUGUUUACCAGUGUGAGGCUUCAAACAGACACGGCACCAUCCUAUCCAAUGCCAACAUCAUGAUUAUGAACAUCCAGCCAGUGAUCCUAACAGAAAACAAUCUCCAAUAUACCGCAGUGGAGGGGAAAGGUGUGGUCAUGCACUGUAAGGUCUUCAGCUCACCAUCCUCCAGUAUUAUCUGGAGUAAAGCUGACAGUGCCAAUGCAGUGGAAGGAGAAAGAUUCUCUGUUCAUAAGAAUGGUACGCUGGAGAUCCAUAACGUGAUAAAAGAGGACUCUGGGGAAUACUCUUGUUUUGCUCAAAACACAGAGGGCAAAGUUGCUAUUGCUGCAACCUUUGAGGUCAAAGAUCCGACCAAAAUAGUAGACCCUCCAAAAGACCUGCGGGUUUUUGUCGGAACCACCAUCCAGUUUUCAUGUCAGGCAGAGUUCGAUCCUUCCUUCGGAAAUGAUUUUGAAAUCCUCUGGGAGAAAGACGGCAUCGCUCUCAACAGCAGUGAGAACACACGAUAUGUGCUCGAUGAUGGAGUGCUUGAGAUCAUCAAUGUGAGCUUUGGAGACCAGGGCUUAUAUGUCUGUGUGGCCAAAACACCAGUCGACCAAGACGCGGCGAUUGCACAGCUUUCAGUUGUUGAUGUUCCUGAUCCACCCGAGGAUGUGAUUCUGUCUGAAAGCAAUGGAAGAAGUGUGAAACUGCAGUGGAAACCAGGAGAUGAUCAUAACAGCUCAAUUACUGAGUUUGUUAUAGAGUUUGAGGAAAGCCAGUAUGAGCCAGGCAGCUGGAAGGAGCUGUUGAGAAUACCUGGGAACCAUCACUCCGCAAUGCUGAAGCUGCACGGACACGUGGACUACCGCUUCAGAGUCUCUGCCAUCAACGAGGUUGGGAGAGGUCGAGCAAGCCAGACUAUUGAAAGAUACAAAACUCCACCAUCAGCACCCGACAAGAACCCAGAAAAUAUCAAGAUCGAAGGUCAUUUGCCACAUGAAAUGGGUAUCAGCUGGGAGCCGUUGUCACCUCUUGAACACAACGGCCCAGGAUUGGAGUACAAAGUAAGCUACAGAAGACAAGGUACUGAAGAAGACUGGAUGGAACACAUCGUUAAGAGGCACUCAGUUGUAGUUAAAAACACCCCAACGUUUGUCCUCUAUGAGAUCAAAAUUCAGGCCAAGAAUCACGUGGGCUGGGGCCCGGACCCCAAAAUAAUAACAGCAUACUCAGGAGAGGACUUCCCCUCCGCAGCUCCGGAGGAUGUAGGAGUGGAAGUUAUUAACAACACCAUGGUGAAGGUUAGAUGGGCCCAUGUUCACAAGGACAAACUCCAUGGACAUCUGGGGGGCUACAGGGUAAACUGGUGGAGGCAUCGUAGUCUACUGGAUUCAAAGAAAACACAUGGAGACAAACACACCCUGACAUUUGCUGGGGAGAGGACCCGUGCGGUAGUUACAGGGCUCAGGCCCUUCUCAGAAUACAGCCUCAUUGUCAUGGCCUUUAACAACAGAGGAAAUGGGCCUGGAAGUCACCCGGUCAGUUUCCAAACCACCGAGGGAGUUCCCGGUCAAGUGGCUUCUUUCAGGGCUACAAACAUCCAAAAACACAAGGUCACACUGACCUGGUCUCCUCCCAUUGAUGCAAAUGGAGUUCUAAUCAGUUACAUCCUGCAAUAUCAAUUAAUAAAUGACACUGAGGAAGUAGGCCCUCUGAUGACCAAGAACAUCUCUGCUGACAUCAACAAGCUACCCCUCCAUGACCUGGAAGCCCUGAGCAGAUACAAGUUCUACCUGCAGUGCUGCACGCGGGUGGGCUGCGGACCAGCUGCCAGUGUGGAGUGCACAACUGUCCCUGAAGCGAUUCUGUCAAAUAUUAGCACCUCAGUUAGUCACAACUUUGCAAAUAUCAGCUGGAUUCCAGGCACAGAGCAAAUGGAUUCAGAGUUAUAUGUUGCGUUUGUGAACAACCGUGAAGGUAACUGGAAGAUAUCCGAUUCGCUAAACUCUUCUAAGACUUUCCACAUCAUUGAAGGGCUCGAACCUGGAACUGAAUACACAGUGCGUCUAAUGACUAAAAGCUGGGUUGAUAAUUCUAGUAUUUUUGAAGAUGUUAUCAGGACGAGGGCCAAAGGUCUGGCCAGUAUUCAUGGUGGCAUCUCCAACCAGGGCUGGUUUAUCGGGCUCAUGUGUGCUAUAGCACUGCUGACCCUCACGGUACUCAUCGCCUGUUUUGUGAACCGAAACAAAGGAGGAAAAUACUCAGUAAAAGAGAAAGAGGACCUACACCCAGACUUGGAGUCCCCAGGCAUAAAUGACGACACCUUUUGUGAAUACAGCGACAAUGAUGAGAAACCAUUGAAAGGCAGUCAACAUUCCUUGAAUGGCAACUUGAAAGGAGGGGACAGCGGAGAAAGCAUGGUGGACUACGGCGACGAGGACGCUCACUUCAAUGAGGAUGGCUCUUUUAUUGGAGAAUACUCUGGACACAAGGAGAAGGUCUCAACGGAAAUCAAGGGAAACAAUCAGAGCACAGCAUAAUGGACCACGGUCAAACUGUUUCUUGGACAAGCUCUUGCAAAAGGUCAGUCAAAAAGGAGCAGAAGGGAAAAAAAUGACAGUGCAAUGGAAUCCGAAGGACAUUUUUGCAAUUAAUGUUUUAUUGUCGAACUCUCAAUCAUACUCACAUCAAUUUACAAUUUUUUUUUUUUUUUUUUUUUUUGCAUACCUUAACUGAUCAAUCAUGUCAGUUGUGUAUACUUUUGUGGGGUGUUUUUGUAUUAAAUAUUUGCAAAUCUUUGGUGACUGUGAAGCUGCCGGAACAUUCAUUUAAUUUUUUUGUUUGUUUGUUUUGUAAAUUCUGAUGAGAGAUAAGAGAAAAACAUUCCUAUUUACACAAUUUCUGCUUUCUUCAACAUGUGUGUCAUCUUGUAGCCAAGCAAGUAUUAUGUCAGGGUAUGAACUUUGUAUUAUUAUUUUUUCGUUUGAGGCAAAUAUUAUUUACAUUUUAUACUGCAGAUACUGUAUACUGUGCAUUCAUUAAAUGUGGGUUAUUGUGUAUACCAAGGAGUUGUUGCUUAUAAAUUAAAAAAAAACAAAAAACAUAAUUUUGGUGUAAAUCCAAAAAGCGCAAGGCAACAUAUGAGUUGACUCGAUUAUAAUUAGACUCACAUGCUUUGUUGAACAUUUACUGUACUCAUUUUAAUUAAUGGUUCAGGCUAUACUAACAAGUUGCAUAGCCACAUUCAAUAUACCAUAUACAGUACAGUGAGUCUGCUACUGUUAACUCAUUAGCCAUAUUACAGUAUAUCGUCAGACAGGCAGAUAUUAAAUUUUCACACAUAAACCGCCCCCCACCUUUUUUGCCUUAAAAUGACUUUGAUAUACUGAUAAGUGUGGCAUAACGAAUUAUAUUGUUAUGAAUUCCGUGAUACAGGGUUGGAAUUCCAUGAUUCCAUAUUGACUUUAAAUCCUUUCAACAUAAAUUUCACACUCGGGAAUAUCAAAAACACCAUAAGUUGUCAAGAAAAAGAUUUUUUGUUCAUUUGGACAUUUAUUGAUUUUUUCAGGAACAACUCCACUUAUAGUCAUACUCAGAUUUUAAAUAAUUCUGUACAAUAUUUCUGUACAAGCAUUCUGUUUGCAUGUUGAAUGAGGAUUGUGUGCAGAUUUGACAUUAAAUUGUAUCAUU